CAGGCAUACAUAUCGCCAGUUAUUGGCAGCUUUUGUUUGCCCUCCCAGAUUUUUUACCGCAGCCAGGGACCAUUAAGUUGGCAGUGCAUCACCAAUUGUUGCUUGUUUUAAUGAGGCUCCGCCUUGGCUUGAUGUUCACAGAUCUAGGAAAGUGGUUUGGAAUAAGUAGGACUAUCGCUUGUGAGAUCUUUGCGGUCUAGAGACCUAUACUCUCAAGGUUUAUGAAAGAAAAAAUAAUAGCUUGAUUGCCUAGAGAUACUCUGGAGAGAAUAUGGCCUCAGAGCUUCAGUGUACAUCAUCCCAAAGCAACAUGCGUUAUAGACUGUACAGAGAUAUUUGUACAAAGGCCAAAUAACUUAAGGAAACAAGCCCAAACAUACAGCAAUUACAAGCACCAUAAUACAUACAAAGCCCUUAUAUUGCAUAGCUCCCAAUGGCUUUGUGAUGUUUGUGUCCAAAUUGUUUGGUGGGAGGGCUAGUGAUACUUUUAUCACACGGAACGGUGGUCUUAUUAGUCAUCUCGUAGCUGUGCAUCCAGCAACACAGCAUUUAAUUUUCUUUUCACGUCUGAUUCCACGGCACGUCUGAUGCCUCACUGCUGGUAAUCCUAACUUGUCUCUGGUCUAGCCAAAAUUGACAAUCCGGGCCCUUUGAUUUUGUUUCAAUUUUCUCUCUCUGAUCUUUCCCACAUUUUACAUAUUUUUCAAACACUGCAUUGCAGGGGUUACAUUUGUGUUCAGCACACUGUUCAUGCUCUCUGGGUAGCUCAUUGGUUGCUUUUUCCUGUGGGUGUGCAGUCAGCACCUGAUGCAAAAUGCUCCCAGGUAUCAUGGCUAAGUCGGCCAACUCGGGGGAUGAGAAGUGUUGAAUGACCUCUGCAUCAGUCUCAAAUGCCAUGGAGGUAGCUUUCAUACUUUUACCCUGUUCAUGGUCUGGCCCUUGAAUGUUCUCAAUCGUGUCUGGUACCACAAUCCUCCAAGUUGAUUGGUUCCAGGCACACAGUUGGUCCGUGCAGGCUGUACCUGUGAAGCCUUGAGUCACAGCAUCUUUCAGCUUGUAAAGUAGACCUGCUGUCUGACUGCAACACUUCUCUCUGCAAUCACAGUGCACAUCUACAACUUUUCCAUCCAUCCUUCCAUCUGCAGAGUUAUUUGUACACUAUGAGUGUUGUUAAUGGUCUUUGAAAAUCGGACAGGUCCUUUUAGAACUGUGUGUUUAUCAUCUGGUAGAGUGUGCAUUAUUUGACUAACCCAUCCAGAGCUCAGGUAAUUUUGACCCUCUAUCAGGGACCUCUAGUUGGCAUUUUGUUGAUCAUCGGUUGCCAGGCGAUGGAGAAAAUACUCUUGAAUACCUUUAAAACAACAGAAGGGGCGCGUUGGGGCAGUAGUAACAUUACUGUAAUGUCUGUUGUUAACGUUUGAUUUGCUUGACUGUGACUCUCACUCUGAGGACCAACAACAGUUUACAGCAGUUAGCUGUACCUUAGCUGUACCUUACCCUUUCCUUUAGAAAUUUAAACGCUGAUUUAGAAGUUUUUUGUUUUUGUUUUUUUUACUUAUACAUUUAAUUAUAGUCAAAUACAAAGCAAAAUAGACAAAACAAAAUACAUACAAUAUUACAUCAGAUACACAACAUAAAGGGGUACAGCCACAGUCACAAUAGGCCAAGGUGGACAGGCUGGUAGGCAGAAAAAAAAAUACACAUUAAUAAACCUUUGAGGUCACAUACGACUCAUACAGAAUCAGAGUUCUCACGGCCUUAGUAUUUUUUGUGUACCUAAUUGAAUCAAUCAUAAAAACAGAAAAGAAUGGUUUAGGACCACUGAAUUUGCUCCUAUGGAUGUGGUACCAAAGCAUAAAACAUACCAAAGAAAACAUCCUUAAAGCAAAAUGAAAAAUCUGAGAUUAAUACUGUGGGAAUGAAUUUUAGGAACUCUGACCAGAAUUUCACUGUAUGGGGACAACUCCAAAAAAGAUGUGACACGUUUUAAUCAGUGCUAUUACAAAAUGAGCAGUUAGACUCAAUAUCCUGCUUGUAUCUUUUAAGAAAGGAUUUUGCUGGGUAAAACCUGUGUAGUAGUUUAAAUGAAAUCUCUCUCACUUUAUUGGUAACAAUGUAUUUGAAAGGCAAGGACCACACUUUCUUCCAAGGAAUAUUCUCUACUAUACCAUUCCAGUAUGGAAUAACAUAGGGAAUAGUAACAAUGUCAGCCUGGAAUAACGCUCUGAUUUUCCUAUUGAUACUGUGAUUUUUUUUUUUUACUGAAAAGCAUAGACGACCCACAGUAGUAUCAAGUUAGUAAGAUGAGUAACUGGUUGUGGGGGAGUAUUUCCCUUUAACAACAUUAUAAUCCCAGUGGGAAUUGCAUCAAAAACAGCAUAUUCCUUGACAGUUACUGGAAUUUGAUAUCUUCUUAGAUUUAGAAGUUUUUGUUUUUUGUGGUUAAUAUAAUUAUUAACAAUCAUUUCUAUAGACAUAGAGACACAAGCAGGGGUGCAUACAUACAGAAUAACAUCAAACAUAGACAAAGGCAGGGUCAAAGGAGAGGAAGAAAAAAAUAAAUGCUGAAAUCAGACAUUUGUCGUAGAGUAAAAAGUCCCAUAUAUAAGAACAGUUCUUUGUGCCUUAGCAUUUUUGGAGAGUCUUAUAGAGUCCAUAUAAUUGUUCAAGUCGAUCAACAAGGCAGGAAAAUAAGGUUUACCACCACUGAACUUGCACUUAUGUAUAUGAAACUUUGCAAGCAAGAAUAAUAGGUUUAUAAUGAAGUAUUUACCUUCUCAUAAUUAAACAUACCAAAGAAGACAUCUUUAAAACAGAAAGAAAUACCAGUGUGUAUGAAUCUUUGAACGUUAGUUCAAAACUUAGCUGUAUGAGGACAGUUCCAAAAUAGAUGCUGUACACUCUCCAUAGAAAUAUUGCAGAAAGAACAGGUUGUCUCAAUAUCUUGUUUGAAGAAAUGAUCUUACAGGGUAGAUUUUGUGAAUUAGUUUAAAUGAAACUUCUCUUAUUUUGUUAGUAACAAAAUACUUGAAAGGCAAUGACCAAAGUUUUCUCCAUGGUAUAUUCUCUGUAACACUAUUCCAGAAAGGGAUAAUAUAGGAAACCGUAACAAUGUCUUUUUGAAGUAAUGCUCUAAUGAUCCUAUUUCUGUUAUGAUGUCUUGGAGAGACAUAAGUCACCCACAACAGUGUCAGAUAAGGCAGUUAAAUGAGCAAGGUGUGUAGGGGGUAAAUUACCCUUUAAGAGUAUUAUGAUUCCUGUAGGAAUUGCAUCGAACACAAUAGCAUAUUCCUUAGCAGUUACAGGUAUACGAUAUUUUCUUAAAAAUGGGUAUCCGUAUAGCCUACCAUUUGGGUCAAAGAGCUGACUAACAAGACUAAGAGAAGUUAUGUUUGAAUAUGAGACACCGUCCCAAAAGCAUCUGUGGAAAUUUGACCAUUUCAUUGGGAGUUUACUAACAUUAAGGUCACACCAAUAGAAAUUCCAAGCCACCAACUUGGGAAAAGAUGUAGUUGGGGAUAGAGUUCCAAAGGGAUGUUGGGUUAUUCAUGAAUUGUCUGAUCCAGUUCAUUUUUAAGUGUUGUGAAAUCUAUGAAGUUCAUACCCUCACAGUGGUUGGGGUUCAUUACAACAGUUUUUUUAUAUAGUGUAUGCUAUUUUUCCAUAUAAAGUUGAAUAACAUCUAUUUUUUUCAAUAGAGCAUUGUCAACGGCCAAGGCCAUAUAGCACUGUGAGUCUAGAAAUGCCAUCAGCUUUCAAGAGAACUCCGCCUCAUAGAAAAAUCCCUUUGUAACCAUGAGUAGCUUUUUCUGUGUUUUAAUAUUAAUCGGGUUAAAAUUUGAGGCAGAUCUAGUAUUUUGGUCUUUGGAAAUUGUAAUACCUAAUUAUGUAACUUCAUUUCUCACAGGGAUAUUAUAAAUAGAGAGCAUAGAGCACUAUUUUAUGGACAGAAGCUCACAUUUUAUUUAAGGCUGCCCUAUCUCACUAUAUUUAUUUUUAAUAGCCUCUCAACUCCUAGCUCUUCAUAUUUCAAAUAGUACUCUCUACAAGGAAUCUCAGUCGCUGGUAGACAAACUAUUAUUAGUCAACUGGCUGACGACACCAUUCUCUUUCUUAACGACGCUUCCCAAGUUCCACUCUCGUUAGAUAUCAUCAAAACUUUCUCUGAAGCUUCUGGUCUCCAUCUUAGAUUUAGAAGUUUUUUGUUUAACAUACAGACGCAUUACGUCACUUUUAAACAUUGAAAGUAAAUGAUCACUGUAACUAGCAGAAUCGCUACUGGACCGUCAGCGGACUGAAGGUGACAUACUUCCGCUGAUAUUAGGUCAGCCACCGCGAAUACUUCCUAGCCUACUCCACGUUCUGGUAAGCUAGGUGCUACGCUAGUUGACAUGAAAAAGUCAAAGUUUAAAUACCAGAGAGUGUCUGGUAGUACAACUGCCGAACACUGUUGUGUGCCACAGUGCCAUGCAUCUGCAAAGUACAAUACUGUACUAAGUUUUUUUACUUUUCCUGCUGAUGAGGAGGUGAGGCGCAAGUGGAUCGUCGCUAUCUGCAGGGAUAAAGUCACUGCUCACACCCGGGUGUGUAGCCGGCACUUCAAAACGGAAGACCUCCGUGAACCAGCAUCAGAAACAGGCCGACGGCUGUUAAAAAAGGGUGCUGUUCCUGUAUUAUUUAAGUGGAACAACUACUCCUUUCCACCCACAAGACCUGGGGUUUUGGAGAAAAGGGAAAGACCGCCGCCAGAGGAUGACAGGGAGGAUACAGUGGUCCCGGACCACGUAACAUUUGACGUCCCCGUGCAACACGACUCGAAACCUGAAGGAUCAAGGCCGUUUCAAAGCAACCGGGGGCGUCUAUGCUUGCAAGCCAUCAAAGGUGUGGCAGCACAGGACUCGUCUAGUCCAGUCUUUGUGCCUUCUGUGUUUCCAUGGUCACAACAAAGCCAAAAACUCAAUACAAACAUGGGAAGAAACCAGAGGAAAAGGCUAAUAGAUGACGUGGGCACCCCACCACAUCAACCUGUGGCUUUGACUACGAAGCAAGGUUCAGCAGGUCACCUAGCUAAGCGAGCUCCCGAAGUGAAAAAAGAGGAUGUUAUUGAAGUUAUUGUCGGGGAAACUGGAGAGGGGACACCUACUACUAACGUUUCUGAGUCACCUGAGACGUUCAACAUCGAGGGGCGCUAUGCAGCGGGAACUUGGGAACAAGCCACAGUGGAGGCCAUCAUGAGCUUGAGGUCGCUAGGCACCACAGUCACUGCCACUCAGGUUGCUCAGACUAUAAUUGCAAAUCUCAAAGACGAGAACGACUUCGUUCGUGCACAUAAUGCUAACCUGCGCUCCGAAUUGAAUGCGAAGCAGUGGACACAUGAACAGGAAAUCGGUGAUCUUCAGGAGAGACUGGAGAGGUUGAAACAGAAGUGUUCAUGUGGCGCCAUAUCAGAAAAGACAGACACCAGCUCAGAGGCGGCACUUUCAGAUGUCAUGGUUGCCGAGAUAAAGACUGAGCACAUUUCAUAUGUUGAUGGGUUAGAAAUAGCAAGGACAUAGCAAUUGCUAAAAAAAACAUUACAUGUUUCAUAUCACAUUUUGUUGUCAAAGAAAAAAUAGCAUAGAAUGUUUUUUUCCCCAACACUAAAUCCUUUGUAGAGCCAUUUAAAAUUACACACAGUUGGAUGCAUAUGGAUGACUUCUGAGGAUUUAUUUUGGUUUCCAAUACAUUGGAAUUGUAU